GCGACCCGAUCAGGCAGGCAAAGUCACAUGAUGGAAAAAGCACGCACCCCGUGAACAGCGUUCGUUUCUGGCAAGUUCUCGGCGAAAGAGGAAAUUCUGUGUCGUCAUCGAAGAAAUUGCCCGAAUCGGCGAGCCCCGGUGGCGCAUGGUUUCAACCCGACAGCUCACCGACGUGAUCACUGAACCUGCGUAUUAGUGAUUGUUUGUCAACGCGAUUGCCCGCUGCUGCGGAGGAGAACAGGUGAAACAGACGAAUGCUGGAGAUGACGAUUGAAGAGAGCAAAAGAAAAAGAAAAGAAGAAAGAAGAAGCCUAUUUCGUUCCUCUGCUUCGCUUCUUCGACAUUAAUGUUCCGUAGUAUUCAUGAGUAAUCAUCGGCCAUGUCUGUAGUCAUCCCUUAGUCAUCCUGAAUCACCUCAGACAUCGUUACUAAUCAAUCUCGGUUCAUCAGCGACCUUCCUCCCAACUCGCCGAACUCGCUCCUCUUCCCGCCCUAUGAAUCUCUCCACCAUCUCCGCUGCCCGCGAGCUCGCCCUCGAGGUCCCGCCUGGCGAUCCGGCCGCGCCUGUGUCUUCUGGUGCAAUCCGCCACUGUGCUGUCGCGCUGGUGCUUCGGUCCCGGGACCUCUCGGAACGCGUAAACUCCCUCGACGCUCUCCUGCGCCACGUACACGACUCUACCACUGAGGUACUGCUCAUCAAACGCUCCACCAGAGAUUCUGAUCGCUGGUCUGGCCACGUCGCUCUCCCUGGCGGGAGAAGAGAUCCCGAGGACGAUUCCGACCUCGCGACCGCAAAGCGCGAGGCCCUCGAGGAAGUCGGCAUCGAUCUCGACAAAUGCGCCCUCUACGUCGGUCCGCUCAAGCAGCGCUAUGUGACUGCUUACUGGGGCGGCAAAAUUAUCAUGCUCAUGUGCACUUAUGUUUUUUUCGUCAAUACGCCCGAGCCAAUUGAACUCACUUUGCAGGAAUCUGAGGUCGCACUCGCUUUCUGGUGCCCGUUGACUGCACUAGCCUCUCGCGAGGCUCAAUGUCGCUUUUCGCGGCCGGUAGGCAAAACGGCGCAUCUCGGCAGGAUCCCCCGCUUGCUUCAAUCAUACAUCUCGUCUGUCAUUGGCAAUCUGGAGUUUGCUGGGAUUAAAAUUCCAAAAUCCUGUCUGGAUGAUCCGGAUGCGUACCCCGAGAUGAUCAUGUGGGGUCUCACGCAUAGCAUCAUGCUCGACCUCUUUGAUAUAAUCUACCCAGAUAGAAAAGGAACGUGGCCUCAGCUGCCAGUGUCCUCUCAGCUGGAUACGUGGUUGAUCACGGAGCUUCUGGGCCGUAAGUAUUUCGAGAUUAGCGCUUCCGGUGGUAUGCGUGCUGAUAAAGCCGUUUGGACACCAAUCGUGGCCGACAAAAAUGCAGCAGCCUCUCCGCAGAGCACCGGUGGAGCGCCUGCUACUUCUGCGCAGAGCACCGGUGGAGCGCCUGCUACUUCUGCGCAGAGCAUCCCUGCAUCGGACCUUUGUUCCGCGACUGGUCCACAGAAAGUUUUUGUCGGCUAUGUGCGUGACCGCUAUUUCACGGUGUUCAAGACCGCGAUCGGAAUCGCAGCGUCUGUGCGGUUCUCGCUUGCAGCUUACGUAGCUUUCAGGAUAGGUAAAUCGCUGUACCGGGCGAUGCGAUAUAGAUGAGUUUUAUUUUUUUUUAAUUGAAUCGCUAUGGUCGCUGCUGUUCAGAAGGCUUGUCACGACGGGUUUUGGUAACUACAAGCUCAGUUUUCGCCACAAGCCACCUGUACAUUUGUGCACGGCUCCAAUGUGAGCAGUUUGACAAGUUCGCAAUUUUACGCAUGAUAAAGUUAAACGUGCCAGGUUAUAUCGUAGCGGGUUAGUGGGAAACAAAACCACACAGACAGGAGGUAAAAGCUCUCGAGAAAAUCGGCUAUCUAUACGACGACGUAUGCAAGGAAAGUCUCUUUUUCUUAGACCGUUCUUUAGUCUAAAAGUUAUUUCCUACAAUGUUGCGAUGUUGUGGCUUGUAUCACUUGUUGUUCUCCCCGGCCGCCU